AUGGCCGCCAAAGUGGAGAGUGCGAUUGCAGAAGGGGGUGCUUCUCGUUUCAGUGCUUCUUCGGGUGGGGGAGGAGGUAGGGGUGCACCUCAGCAGUAUCCCAAGUCUGCCAGUAACAGUGAGUACCUGGGGAAAACCCCAGGAACUAAUGUUCAGAGAUGGGUCCCUUCACGAAGCACUAGACGAGAUGUCAACUCCACAAAUGACAAAGAACGACAUGAUGCCAUCUUUAGGAAAGUAAGAGGGAUACUAAACAAGCUUACCCCAGAUAAAUUUGACAAGCUAUGCCUUGAGCUCCUCAAUGUCGGUGUAGAUUCUAAACUUGUCCUAAAAGGAAUCAUCUUGUUGAUUGUAGACAAAGCCCUUGAAGAGCCGAAGUACAGCUCAUUGUAUGCACAGCUAUGUCUGCGUCUAGCAGAAGAUGCUCCUAACUUUGAUGGCCCUUCAGAAGGCUCUUCGGGACAGAAACAAAGCACAACAUUCAGACGCCUUUUAAUUUCAAAGCUUCAAGAUGAAUUUGAAAAUCGCACCAGAAAUGUUGAUGUGUAUGAUAAAAGAGACAAUCCCCUCAAUCCUGAGGAGGAGGAGCAGCGGGCUAUUGCCAAAAUCAAGAUGCUUGGCAACAUCAAAUUCAUUGGCGAACUUGGCAAGCUUGAUCUUAUUCACGAAUCUAUCCUACAUAAGUGCAUCAAAACAGUAAGUCUUGAUUUAACAAUGAAGGCCGACAAAGGGGGUAAAAUUGUGGUCAUGGAUACCAUUCAAUAUAAUGAAUCUAUGAUAGACAUGUUAAGUGACAGUGAGACAUACAAAGUGACUAGUGUCAAUGUUGUUAAAAGUUUUCAACGAGUUGAUACACUGUUGUUUGACAUGUUUAGCCAAGGAGAAUUAGAUCAUCAGAGUUAUGAAUAUUUGUUGGUCGAACACCCAAAAUUGGCUACAUUAUUUGGUAUUCCAAAAUUACAUGUUGACCAGCAUAACCCACCUUUUAGACCUAUUAUUUCCGCAAAGCAUUCCAAAACUGAGAAUAUAUCUAUUUGGCUUGACUAUAUUCUGAAUCCUAUUGUACAGAGAACUAGAUUUUACAUUGGAGAUUCCUGGCAUUUAUUGGAAGAACUAAGGAAUAUUGAUGUUUCAUCUAGUUCUGUCAGCUUUGCUACUCUUGACGUCAAGUCCUUAUAUACUGCUAUCAAGCAAACAGAAGGAUUAGAAUAUUUGAGGGAAUACCUGACUUUAUAUUCUGAUGUUGAGAAUCACAAGGUUAGCACCAUUUGUGAUCUAAUGGAGUUGGUCCUAGAGAAUAAUUUCUUCAGAUUUGUAAAUUGCAAAAAGUCAAACCUAGACCCCUCUCAAGAGUUGGACUUUAUAGAAGUGCACACACAGAAUCGAGAUGGUAGCACACCUUCCGUUUUCAAGAGUGGUGACGAUAAGAGAUCAAGUCAGAACUCUUUAAUGGAUCAGUACUUUGCCCGUAUGUGUUCCUUAAUGACAAGUAAGGAAUUACCAGCAAGGAUUCGUUUCCUGCUGCAGGAUACUGUGGAGUUGCGAGAAAACAACUGGGUUCCUCGCAAAGCAUUUAUAGACAAUGGACCAAAGACGAUUAAUCAAAUCCGUCAAGAUGCAGUAAAGGAUUUGGGAGUUUUUAUUCCUGCUCCUUUGGCUCAAGGAAUGAGGAACGACUUCUUUCUGGAGGGAUCUUUUAUGCCAUCCAGGCUGAAACUUGAUAGAGACCCCUUGGGAGGACUUGCAGAUAUGUUUGGACAAAUGCCAGGUAGCGGAAUCGGUACUGGUCCAGGAGUCAUUCAGGAUAGAUUUUCACCCACUUUGGGACGUCAUCGUUCUAGUCAACUUUUUAAUGGUCAUGGGGGACAUAUUAUUCCUCCUGCUCCGUCCCAGUUUGGGGAUAUAGGAGUCAAAGCCUUUGGUAAAAACCAGGGGCAGAAUCAGCAUUUCCAUAAUCAGAACCAAGGACAUUCAUCUCAGCAGCAAGCACAGUCCAAGGACAUGCCUCCACGGUUCAUGAAGAAAGGACAGCUCAAUGCAGAUGAGAUAAGUCUAAGGCCUGCUCAGUCAUUUUUAUUGAAUAAAAGCCAAGUGCAGAAGCUACAGCCCCAGAUACCAACAAUGAUUCCACCCAGUGCACAGCCACCACGAACUCAAACACCGCCACUUGGCCAGGCUUUCCUGAGUGUAUUGGACCAGUGCCCUACGCUGGAGGGAGACAUCCCAUUGGUGAAGUCUUACUUGGCUCAGUUUGCUGCACGUGCCAUCAUUUCAGAACUACUCAGUAUUUCAGAACUGGCUCAACCUCUGGAGAAUGGCAUGCAUUUCCCCCUCUUCCUGCUUUGCCUUCAGCAGGUGGCAAAGUUGAAAGAUCGUGAGUGGCUUAUGGAAUUAUUUCAGCAGAGCAGAGUCAACAUGCAGAAGAUGUUACCAGAGAUUGAUCAAAAUAAGGAUCGCAUGUUGGAAAUUUUGGAAGGAAAAGGACUAAGUUUCCUAUUUCCACUGUUGAAAUUGGAGAAAGAACUGCUGAAACAAAUAAAGGCAGAUCCAUCCCCUCAAACAAUUUAUAAGUGGAUCAAAGAUAACAUUUCUCCCAAGCUACAUGUAGAUAAAGGUUUUGUCAAUAUACUUGUAACGAGUUUUUUACAGUACAUUUCACAGGAGGUGAACUUCUUGGAAGGAAAUGAUUCUUCUGCUGCUCCCUCCAAAGAACAGUUGGAACAAGAGAAACAGUUGCUUUUGUCAUUCAAGCCAGUAAUGCAGAAGUUCCUUCAUGAUCAUCUUGAUCUACAAGUCAGUGCACUGUAUGCUCUACAAGUACACUGCUACAACAUGAAUUUCCCAAAAGGCAUGUUACUGCGAUUUUUUGUUAAUUUCUAUGAUAUGGAAAUCAUUGAAGAGGAAGCUUUCCUGGCAUGGAAAGAAGACAUUACUCAAGAAUUCCCAGGGAAAGGCAAAGCUUUAUUCCAGGUGAAUCAGUGGCUGACCUGGCUGGAAACUGCAGAAGAAGAAGAAUCUGAAGAUGAUGCUGAUUAAAGAAACAGCCAAAGCCUUAAGUGUGCAGACAUACUGUUGAUAGUAACAUAACGGCAUUUGACCUAACCACUGCGAGAAUUCAUUCCGCUGUAGUGUUUUUGCAAUAUUUAAAGCAGAAGUGUGUCAAAUUGGGAUUUCUUCUGCAAAUUUUUGUUUUAGUAUUAUGUCUUAAGCUGUAGUCCACCAUCUAACAUUUUGAUGAACGUUUAGAUGACAGUGUCAUAGCAGCAUGAAAUUACUGCUUAUGUUCUUGAUAGUGACAUUAGGUUUGCAGGAACUUUGUUCACUGCCAUUUACAUUGGAUGUAGAGUUAAAAACUGAAAAGCAACACCGAACACUGUAGAAAUGCACUUUGCUCAGUGUAAUACUUGAGUCGUUGCAAUAUUUCGAUUAUCCAUUUGGUGUUUGUUACAGGAAAUCUUUAAUCAAUGGUUUGCUGCCGUAAUAGUUGCCUGUAUUUCUACCUCUAGUAAUGGGCUUUAUGUGCUAGAAUUUAAUAUUCUCAAGCCUUGGAAAGUGCACAAGUCUUUAAAAAGAUUUAAUGGAUUACUUGCACAAUAUGGAUCAGUUCAUAAGAGGGUAAAUAUGCCUUUGCAGAGUACUUUUUGUAGGUGUAUGGAAACCUUUCAUUAGUGUGAUAAAUGGAUUUGGUCCCACUGUAGUAGUAUUAAAAUUAAGCCUACUUAAUUUAUCAAGUCAUGUCAAUGCCCUGAUUUUAUAUACCUGUAUCCUAUCAAUAAACAUUGUGAUACUUUGA